GCUGCCAGUCCAGAUGCUGCUCGCCAAAGAGAGAGAGGAGGUGCAUGAUGGAUCCCGUCUCACUGCUGCUCAUCUUAGUCGCAUGUGUGCCGCUGAGCCCGGCGGUCUACACCGGGCCCCUGCAGCCGGAGAUCUCCAACGGAACCUUCCAUCACUUCUUCGUCCCGGACGGAGACUAUGAGGAGACGGAGGACCCGGAGCAGUGCCAGAUGCUGUUCAAGUUCUCGGACGUGUUUCCCUGUGGAGCCUCCGAGGACACCGACUCGGUGGUGCGCGACGACUUCGUCAUCACCAAGCUGCAGGCGGAGGACGCGGCGCGCCUGUUGGAGAGCAUCGGCCGGACCGUUGCGCACGACCUGGACGGAGAGGACAGCUACGGGAAGUUCCUCCAGCGGGAGAUCAGCCAGAUCAGCGAGGCCUUCUCCAGCGUGGACAAGUCGCUGCUGGAGCUGGAGGUGAAGUUUAAGCAGAGUCAGGAAACGGAGCUGAAAGAGGAGCAGCAGCUGAACGGCUACGUAGUGAAACAAGUGAGCGACAUCAGGGGCGCGCUGAGGGAAACCACCGACAUCUCCCAGGGACUGAAGGACAAACACGAGCUGCUGUCCCUCAUCAUCCGCAGUCAUGGGACCAGACUGAGCCGCCUGAAGACUGAGUAUCUCAACGUGGGCUCUUAGUGGACUUGUGGCAGCUUAAUGUGAGAUAGAGGAGCCUCCAGUAUAAACCAGUGGAAAGUUCACUGUGGCUUAUGAGUAUCCUCCUUAAGUAUCCGAAAUCCUCUGACCUCCGGUUAGUCCCAUUCUUUGGAGCCGUGUCACUGAAGGAGCUCAAACACAAAUAUCAACACAUUCCUCUGAGUCAGGAGGGAAAAGGGAAAUGGGAGCAUAAAGGCGCUCUGUGGUGCCACAUCUGAGAGGAACUUUAUACAGGAGAGAGUCCAGAAUUCAAAUCUAAAUGACCAGUUUGUAUGAUUUAAACUAUGUUGUUUACAGUUUUAGGUUAUUAUAACUGAUUAAAUAAAUAUUGACUCCA